GAACUUCACAGUUUCUUGAGAGGUCGCGCUUCAUAGACGACACCUCGCCAGUUGUAUCUAUAUGGACAUUUCUCCAACAAGCUUCUUAGACAAUUACUCAUCCCAAUAUGACUUCGCCACCUUCCUAAGUCUUCCUUCGGCUUCGUUAUCCGGUCUGACACCAACUCUGAGCAUGCGUAUGCGCAUGGCACAGCCCAGCUUGACGUUGAAAGCAAAAGAACUUCACUUACUUGCUGCCUUGACCUAUACGUUCGUGGCAUAUUCAAGUUUUGGACUGGCCCGAGAAACACUAGACGCUCAUCAUAAGGACUGUACCCGCGGAAGAUUCCGACGGAGACUGCUAUACACUGCAGCCAUAGCUUCAGGUCUGCAAAGUGUAGUCACAGUAUGGCAUCUCAUGUCGUAGUGGUAGACCCUUCUGCCAGGAGGGCUACGGUCAAGACGCAACCGCAAACAUACUUGACCGAUGUAAGAGAUGAGGCUUGUAAGAAACUUGGCGUGCCUGGAGACCAAUUUACCUUAAAGUUCAACCAAAAGCAAAUAGAUCUCUCGCUCACGAUUAGACUGUCUGGAUUACCGCAAGGCGCAAAACUUGAUCUCAUACAGCAGUCUCGCUCCCCUACGGUCGUCUCGGUCGCUCUACAGCUCCCCGCAUCGGAAGACAAUGCUCGUCUCACGCAAAAAUUCCCAAGUAAUACCUCCCUAUGGCAGAUUCUCAGAGUGUUCGAAAGCUCCCCAGCACCAAGAAACCCUCGCGGGGCGUACAACUUCACACAACGAGCCGCCACAGACAUGAAUGACGGCUCUACCUCCGGGGCUGGGCGACUGAACUACGAGGCACCUGUGCUGAAUGUGAUGGGAAGAGAAAGAUCAAGCUUCACAGAAUUGCAGCAGACUCUCGCACAGCUGGGUCUCAGCGGAAGCGUGCUUCUAAGACUCAGCUACCGUAAUAGUGGGAAGCCAUUAGAGGAAGCCAUGUCGGAGAUAUCGCAAUUCUUCAAGACGAGCGACAAUCUUGCUACGGAAGCGAACGAUCCUCCAACGACCACCCAUCUUGGCACUGUGAUCGAAAAGUCUUCCCCCAAGGAUGUGGCAAGUGUUGUGGACACGAAAGAAGUACCAGCUGAGGAUAACCUGCCAACACCAAUGGAAGACGUUGUAUCGACAUCUCCUCAAGAUUUACAGAAGCAAACGGAAGCAAAUGCAACACCUGUCCAGCCUACUACCGGUCCCGGCGAUCGCCCCGUAGUAAUCUUCUCUCCCCCAAGUACAUCCACACCACAGGCCGCAUCCCAGCCGCACAACUCCAACGACUACGAUCUUUCCGUUGAUCAGGCGAGACGCUAUCAGACACAACUACAAGAUCUAAGUCGUAACAAGCGGCUCCCAUCGGACAAGGAGAUAGAAGCGGCCGAUAAAGCGAAAGCUGAGAAACUGGCAGCUGUCACAGAGGUCAAGAUUCGCAUCCGAGUGCCCGAUCAAACCCAGGUCGAAGUUCACUUUACACGACAGGACACCACGAAAGAACUCUUCGACCUCGUGAGAUCAAUGCUCGAGCAUGGAGACCAACCUUUCUUGUUGCGCUACACGUCACCGAAGGGGGGACUGGCGGUGUUGAAGGAAGGCACGCAGAAACUGGUGUCAGACCUGGGUUUCCAUGGCCGUGUUCUAAUCACCUGCACCUGGGAUGAUAGCGUGCCCAUACCUGCUAGGAGACCUCCGAGCCUGAAGCAGGAAUGGAGGGAAAAGGCACAGGUCCUGAAGGUGGAAACGAUCGCUACUCCAGUUCCUGAGCAGAAUCCUGGAGGAGGAUCAUCACUGGCAUCUUCCAGCAAGGGCAAGGGAAAGAUGACUGAUGGGGAUAAAGAGUCUAAGCUGAAGGCAAUGCUGAACAAAGGACUGUUCAAGAAGAAGUGAACAGGUCCCGAUUGUCGAUAUUUGAAUAGAGCAUAAGCGGCAUUGACAGCGUACUUUAGCUUCUACUACAUUCUUUGGAUUGGCGAUGUCGAGCCGUUAAGCAUCCGUCACAAACACUGCAUAGAGGUGAAUGCUAAAUUGAUCUUGUAGUUUUUCAUUUGAGUGCUCCCAUAUAUGCAUCCCGGUUCCGAUCAGAACGACCCAUAGAAAGAGGCUACAGAGAGAGAGGUUGCUCCACGCUUGUUGUAAAGCAGACCGAUUUUUGCUCCGUCCAAGUUAACACACAUUGUAAAACCCCCGUUGUCAUAUGUAUGCAUCUAGUGACCCGCUCUCCUCGACUCGG